AUGGAGGACGACUGGGUUACUCUUGUGAGAGCUUGCAAGACUCUCGCUAGGGCGAAAGCUCUCCACGCGAGGAUCGCCGGCGCCACGCAUUCCCCGCUUGAUUCGUCGGUUUUCCUCUCGAAUCUCGUCGUCCAGAUGUAUGGGCGAUGCGGGAGCGCGGCGGCUGCCCGCCAGGUUUUCGAUCGGAUCGCUUCCAAGAACAGCUUCUCGUGGAUGCUGCUGCUGUCUGCGUAUGCCCAGAAUGGGGAUGUGGAAGAGGCCAGGCGCGUGUUCGAUGCGAUGCCGGAGAGAGAUCUCGUCUCCUGGACCGCGAUGCUAUCGGCCUACACCCACAGCUGGAAUCUGGGCGGGGCGAUCGACGUCUUUCAGAGAAUGCCGCGGUGGGAUCUCGUCGCGUGGAAUGCGAUGCUCUCGGCGCUUGCCAGGGGCGGAGAUCUUCCCCAGGCGCAGGCCCUGUUCGAUCAGAUGGCCGAGAAGAACAUGGUGUCGUGGAAUUCGCUGCUGGAUGCCUACACCCAGCACGAUCAACUAGAGGAGGCCGAGGGGAUCUUCAAUUCCAUGCCGGAGCUGGAUCUCAUCUCGCUCACCAGCAUGCUCUCGGCAUACACGCAAAGAGGGCGAAUCGAGGACGCCAAGAACACCUUCGAUCGCAUGCCGGAGAGAGAUCUCGUGUCGUGGACCGCGAUGAUCAGCGCGUUUUCUCAUACCGGAUCUCUGCGCGAGGCCAGCGCCACCUUUCAGUCCAUGCCCGAGUGGGAUGAGCGUAACUCUGUCUCUUGGAACGCAAUUCUUUGCGCCUACGCAUCCAUCUCAGAGAAUCCGGUUGAUGCCAGAAACACUCUUGAGAAUAUGCCAGAGCACAAUCUCAUCUCGUGGCAUGCCAUGCUUGCUGCAUAUGCCAGAAACGGGCAUUUGGCUGAGGCUCGGGGGAUUUUUGAUUCGAUGAGGGAGAGAAACACCGUCUCUUGGACAAGUAUGUUGGCUUUUUACGCUCAAAAGGGGCAUCUUACCGAUGCCCGAGGAAUGUUUUUGUUGAUUCCAGAAAGAUGGCUUGCUUCCUGGAAUGCGAUGCUUGCUGGGCAUGCCCAAAGCGGGCAUUUUGACGUAGCAAUGGAGCUUUUCGGGGAGCUCCUCGUCGAGGGUAUUGAUCCCGACGAAACUUCACUCCUCUGUGUUCUAUUGGGUCCAGCGCGAGUGGGCGAUCUUCGUGCUGGGUGGAGCUGCUUUGUGUCAAUGACGAGAGAUUUUGGGCUUUCUCCCUCGAAGCUCCACUACUGCUGCAUGGUUGAUCUCCUGGGCCGAGCUGGGCAUUUGGAAAACGCGAGAGAGCUCAUCAAAACAAUGCCGUAUGAGCCGGAUUCUGUCGAUUGGAAGUGCUUGCUUGGAAAUUCGACGACGAGCGCUCACAAGGAUAGCAGAGUUGCAAUGGCUGCCUGUGAAUCAAACAGGGAACUCUCUGCCCCUUACGUAUUGCUCUCCAAUUUAUACAAAUGCUAG